UUCCGGCCCCCGGGUUCGCUACCCCACAAUCCUUAGCUCUUUCCGUCUCCACUCGGCUUCCGUCCAUUCUUCCGGUGGAGAUGGCUGCGGCCGUGGAGAUGGCUGCGGCUGUGGCGGGGAUGCUGCGAGGGGGUCUCCUGCCCCAGGCGGGCCGGCUGCCUACCCUCCAGACUGUCCGCUAUGGCUCCAAGGCUGUUACCCGCCACCGUCGUGUGAUGCACUUUCAGCGACAGAAGCUGAUGGCUGUGACUGAAUAUAUCCCCCCAAAACCAGCCAUCCACCCAUCAUGCCUGCCAUCUCCUCCCAGCCCCCCACAGGAGGAGAUAGGCCUCAUCAGGCUUCUCCGCCGGGAGAUAGCAGCAGUUUUCCAGGACAACCGAAUGAUAGCCGUCUGCCAGAAUGUGGCUCUGAGUGCAGAGGACAAGCUUCUUAUGCGACACCAGCUGCGGAAACACAAGAUCCUGAUGAAGGUCUUCCCCAACCAGGUCCUGAAGCCCUUCCUGGAGGAUUCCAAGUACCAAAAUCUGCUGCCCCUUUUUGUGGGGCACAACAUGCUGCUGGUUAGUGAAGAGCCCAAGGUCAAGGAGAUGGUACGGAUCUUAAGGACUGUUCCAUUCCUGCCGCUGCUAGGUGGCUGCAUUGAUGACACCAUCCUCAGCAGGCAGGGCUUUAUCAACUACUCCAAGCUCCCCAGCCUGCCCCUGGUGCAGGGGGAGCUUGUAGGAGGCCUCACCUGCCUCACAGCCCAGACCCACUCCCUGCUCCAGCACCAGCCCCUCCAGCUGACCACCCUGUUGGACCAGUACAUCAGAGAGCAACGCGAGAAGGAUUCUGUCAUGUCGGCCAAUGGGAAGCCAGAUCCUGACCCUGUUCCGGACUCGUAGCCAGCCUGUUUAGCCAGCCCUGCGCAUAAAUACACUCUGCGCUAUUGGCUGUGCUCUCCUCCAUGGGAGAUGUGGAAGAACUUGGGGUCGGGGAGUGCGUUUGUCACUUGGUUUUCACUAGUAAUGAUAUUGUCAGGUAUAGGGCCACUUGGAGAUGCAGAGGAUUCCAUUUCAGAUGUCAGUCACCGGCUUCGUCCUUAGUUUUCCCAACUUGGGACCUGAUAGGAGCAAAGUCUCUCCAUUCUCCAGGUCCAAGGCAGAGAUCCUGAAAAGAUAGGGCUAUUGUCCCCUGCCUCCUUGGUCACUGCCUCUUGCUGCAUGGGCUCCUGAGCCCACCCCCUUGGGGCACAACCUGCCACUGCCACAGUAGCUCAACCAAGCAGUUGUGCUGAGAAUGGCACCUGGUGAGAGCCUGCUGUGUGCCAGGCUUUGUGCUGAGUGCUGUACAUGUAUUAGUUCCUUUACUCAUUACCACAUUGUACCCAUUUCACAGAGAAGGAGCAGAGAAAUUAAGUGGCUUGCUCAAGGUCAUGCAGUUAGUAAGUGGCAGAACAGGGACUUGAACCAAGCCCUCUGCUCUGAAGACCGCGUCCUGAAUUUCUACACUAGAGCUUCCUCAUCAGGUUACCCAGAAGUGGGUCCCAUCCACCAUCCAGGUGUGCUUGGGUGUUAGUUCUCCACCCUCGAGGUGUACGCUGUGAAAAGUUUGGGAGCACUGCUUUAUAAUAAAAUGAAAUAUAUUCUA